UCUAGACGAUUGAUGAACACCAGACAGGGGAUAUCCUUACUAGAAUUUGCCUCAGAUCAAUCGCACUUGUUCUAAUUGGCCUUGUCUCAGAUCGAUCCUACUUAUAUGAAUAUAAUAAGCAUUACAACAUAACAGCCUGGAAAGUGAAAGUGAAGCUACUGGUUCAAACAAGACGACCUACCACUCACAUUCCUUUUCAUUUUAGAAAUAACGAUGGCCCAGAAAAUGAACCAGGCCGAGUCAUCUGAUCAGUGCCGAAAAACCCUCGACAGACUGUACAUACAUAUCAAGCAGAAACUUGAUGACAAUGCAUAUGGCAGAGAGGGGGGAUUGCUGGUCUACAAGAAAGACGUGGAGGAUUUGAAGACAAAAUAUCUGGAGACUAAAAACCUUGGACCAAUGAAAAGCCAAGAGCUGGAGAGAUUCAUGGUAAAUAUCUCUGAUCGGCCGGUUGAAGAAAUCGACAGGGCUGCAACAGCAAACGCUAUCCAAAUACAAGAGCAUCUGUUGACGUUAAGGGAUACAUUGAAGAAAGAGUUCGACAAGCUGAAGAGAGUGUUUAAGGAUUGGGAGGCCGUCAUGUCCGAAAAUCUCAAAUGGCUGAACGAAGCACCCGACAAGCUUGUCGCCAGCAAAACUGGGACGGUCGCUGUUGGCACCGCAGCAACGAUUGUAAUCGGCGUCGGGGCUCUCCUUCUUGCCCCAUUUACCUCUGGGACCAGUCUCGCAGCUGGGGCGGUGGCUGUUGCUGCAGCGGUCGGGGUAAAACUUACGAAGGAGGCUCUAGAGGCCAACAAGAAGGUUUGGAAUGAAUUGUCGGAGAAACUGAUGAAGGACAAUGACUGCAAAGAUAAGGUGAAUUCAACGAUGAAAGAGUUGAUCAAGAUUGCAAAGGAAUUAGGCCUCGCUGUCGAAAAGGUAGACACUAGAAAAGCUUGUGCUGUUUCUUCCAAGGCCAAGGCCGUACUCCCCACGUUAAAGGCUGUGGCAACUCUCGGGGACAUGCCAAAGGAGAAGGAAGACAUUGCCAUCAAGUUGAAAGAGAAGGCCGAAGAGCUGAAAGCACAGAAAGCAAGCGUAGGGAAGGAUAGUCCAUUGGGGCAUAUGAGAGAGGUGGUGGACAGCAUCGACGACUUGGUCAGACCACUGUUGAAACGGCAGUAUCCCAGUCCAUCGUAGAGUUGACAAAGUUUUGGAAGUUCUUUUGUGAACUGUCUAAAGUCCAUUCGCAAAAGUGAUGUCCGCAUCGUUUGGGGCUCUGCAGGGCGAACUACUGGUCGGAUUUCUUAGAAGUUUGGUUUAAAUCCGGCUUCACCUAAAAACUAAACAGGACUUCUUCAUUUUAGUAACUGUGGUGACAAAUAAUUUGCCACAAUCACGCUGUGCACAUUUCCUCACCUGCAGCAUUAAUUUUCUGAUGGAAUUUUAUUGAUGAUCAAAUUCAUUUGUAAACAAUGAAAGUGCCUUUAGAUUCGUCCUUUCUCUCGUGUUUAAGCUUACAAUUUAACUGUUGUCUAUUUCUACUUAGAAUGUAUCAAUAAUUUUUUGCUUAUAAAAAGGGCUUCCAAUUACUAGUUCAUACUAACACCGGGCAAAACAUUAUUUCAAAAAGCCGUUAUCGGAUCUUCUUACUCAAUCAGUUUUAAGGUGGUGCAAUUUCAUGAGAGUAAAGUCAAAAGUGGUCACAUUGGUCUUUCUGACAUUGAGACAACAGUAGAUGAGACUUUGGCAUUUCUCUUUGGUAUGUAUAAUCACUAGUUUAUUGUCUGUAACUGGUGUACAUUUUACUCCACGCCAGUGAGGUCACAGUAUCCGUACUUGGUGUCCUUAUCGUAGUCUUCCGUAGUCCCACACCAGUACCUCUUCAAUUCAUCAUCAUAGAUGCACCUUUGGUUGUAUUGGCCUAGACAAAAAAAUGACAAGUUACAACGUGAACCCUAUGAUAUCCCGGUCAGGCUAUGUGUAUUAGACAGGGCAAAACCGGCGACACGGUAUUUAAUGACAGAGUUGACAGGGAACAAGCCGAUGAGGCGUUGAGAGUUGUGGUGGUGGUUGACCUAUUCAGUAAAUACGUUCCUUCGAUUUAAUGUUCAAUUUGCUGUACAAUAAAAUUAGCCAGAUAGUAAACAAGA